AUGAGUGACUUAACGAGAGCAACUGACCACCUAGUGCGUCUAGCCCCGACGAUCGUACGGGACGACGCCCAGACCUGUGAAGACACGCUAUUGCAUGAUGAACACAACGCUUCUAUCAUCAUGGACGACACGGUAUCACGAGAAACGCCGUGGACACCCAAGAGCCUAGGACGAGCGAAGACUGCCAUUAUUUAUAAACAAACAAUGAACGAUACGCUGCUCGUAUUGGAGCACAGCUUCUUCUUUAUCAGUGGAUGGGUGUCGUACUUUGUGUCGUUGCAAGAAGAUAGCAUCCUACUGUUUGCCACGCGCGAGCGAUGGGAGCAAGGAUACAAGCCCGACAAGGUCAUUGACCUGCAUCACAUGCUGCUGCUUGGAGAUAUGCACGUCGAUGCAGUCGAAGGCUACUCGUCGCUGCAAAACAGCGAUGGCAAGUCGCGACUGUUUCGUCGCAAGUUGCUACAAGUCGACAGAGGGGACGAGAUACAUGAGAAGCAUCGACAAGGCUUGGUGGAUCCUGCCAGAAAUAGGGUGGACAAGCAGAGCGCUAGUGCGCACUGCAUUCUGGAAUUCGGCUCAUACAAUCAGUGCACAUUCGAGUUGUGGACAAAAGCGAUUCGCCACGUCUUGGCCGUUAAACGAGAAGCACAGCUGCAAGCAUCACGUGGUAACCAGAGCGAAGAACGCACAGGCUCUGAAUAUGACGAUGGCACGGCAAAGUGCUGGGUGUCACCGGGACAAGAUUUGAAGGUGACCUUGCUGCAAAGUGAAAUUUGGUGCAGCCGCGUGCUCUCUGGAGAAAAGGAGAAAGCCGAGUCGGAAAUCCGACGGAUCGUAGCAAUGGAGAAGUUAGUGGCUCAAGUUGAUCACUCUCAGAUGGCUUUAUUGGUCUACGAGAAGGUAAGUCGCGUGCACGAAUUGUUCUCUGCCAACAGUCGGCGAGAAAUUGACGGUGUCGAUGGACGGGAAGUCCCGAUGUCAGCCGAGGUGCUUAACUUCUUUGCAGACCAUCUGAAACGGAAAUACGCCGUGUUUUUGAUCCUCGCGUUGACCUACGGGGUCAAUGAGGCGGAAAUCCGGGAAGCUCACGAGCGAAUGUGUCACGAAAACGCCGCCGUUCAUGCAGGAGUUGGUGGCGGUAGUGGCAAGCAGCAUCAAACUAUUGCUUCUUGUUUUGGGUUUCAAGACCAAGAAAGCAUCGAGUUGUACGAAAAUUAUCGUGAAUCAGCUGCCAACUAUCACCGAUGGUUCGACAAGACGUUGACGAGUCGAGCGCAAUGCUUUCGAUUCUCAACACCAUCAAGACGCGUUUAA